AUGCCAGAAAAGGCCGAAGGAAUACUCGAUCACGGCAUGCUUGAAGACAUCGAUCUCCGAGCCAACUCCUGGAAGCCUUCGCGAGCCCCACGAUGGAGUCUCGAUGUCAUUCGACCUGAGUUUAUGGCCUUGCGAUCCAGCGCACCCAAGAAGCCUUUGAGGAAGACAGCCUGGCUGGAUGGUCUACGAGGCUUUGCGGCCUUUAUUGUGUACAUACACCACAACCAGCUGUGGGCACACGGUGAAAAAGGGAACCUUGUCUACGAGAAUGCAUAUGGAUUUGAGGGCAGGCGUUACUUCGCCGCUCUUCCCUUUGUUCGUCUCUUCUAUUCAGGCGGCCACUUCGCCGUCGGCAUCUUCUUCGUCAUCUCUGGCUACGUUCUCUCACUCAAAACUUUGAGCUUAAUACAGAGCGGGAAACAACUGAGCGCUGCUGAAACCUUGGGCUCGGCACUUUUCCGUCGAUGGAUGCGAUUAUACAUUCCGAUCAUCUUGGUCACAUUUUCCUGGAUGUGCUUCCGACAUUGGAGCAAGAUCUGGACCGACGAACGCGACAUGGCAGCCACAUUUGGGGAGGACGUUGUGCGUUGGUAUCAGACGUUCAAGAAUUACAGCUUCGUGUUUACCGGCAGUUAUUACGACUUUCCUUUCACUUACCAUGUGCAUCUCUGGUCCAUUCCAAUCGAGUUUCGAGGAUCCAUCAUCAUCUACACGACCCUGUCGGCGCUGUCUCGAUGCACGACAUCCGCUCGUCUCUGGUGCGAGGCGGGCUUGAUGGUGUACUUUCUCUACAUCGUGGACGGAUACUACGGCACUCUUUUCAUCGGCGGCAUGCUGCUCUGCGAUCUUGAUCUUCUCUCGGAAGAAGGACGACUCCCGCGGGUUUUCACGGCACUGUCGGGAUUCAAAGAGUUUAUAUUCUUCCAUCUAUUCGUCUUGGCCAUGUACCUCGGUGGCGUACCAUCCCACACCCACGCUGAGCUCGAUCCCGUCACUGUCUUGAGGAAGUCGCCUGGUUGGAAGUGGCUUUCGCACCUCAAGCCGCAAGCUGUCUUCGAUGCCAAAUGGUUUUACCUCACGUGGGCAGCGAUUAUGGCUGUAGCGUCCAUACCCCGCUUGCCGGUGCUCAAACGCUUCUUCGAGACGCGUUUCUGCCAGUACCUCGCGCGCAUAUCAUUUGCGCUGUAUUUGGUCCAUGGCCUGGUCCUUUGGUCACUAGCAGACAGAAUUUACGCUGCAGUGGGGUUCUCUCGACCGAGGCACCAGAUGGGCGUACCUCAGUGGGUGGGCGUUCUUCCGCUAUCGAAGAAAGGGCCGAUGGGCCUGGAGCUGGCUUUUUGGCUUCCACAAAUCCUCCUUCUACCGUUUACGCUAUACAUGGCCGAGCUGGUCACGAAACUGGCGGACGAACCAAGCGUAAAGUUUACCAACUGGCUGUACAAGAAGACUUUGCCACAAGCGCAAUUGCAGCCGCCGCCAAUGCACAAGCGGGCUUUUAGCUCAGCGUGCUAG